AGGACCGACUCAUCCUUGGCAAGCGAGGAACCAUGAGCUUCUGUAACCCCCAUUGAUCCUGGCCAAGAUGUCGCUGUCUCCGAUGUCCGGCAUGCUCGCGGACACGUGCCGUGCUAUCGGUUUCGACUAUGCUGAGUUGUGGGCAAGGAAGGUGAAGCAGGCGGAGCCUUCGUUGGCCGGAAUCUCCCUAGGAAGUCGAACCCCCAUGUCAGUCUCCCCACAGCGAUCGCCGCGGUUGAUGCCAUUGAACCGAGCUAUCCCCGAUCGAGCGAAGCUGUCGAGCAACGUGAACGAGGAUGAUGAGGAUGUGAUACAGCCUGAGACGGACUCCAAGCUGGACGCUGACUCUAAGGAUGCUGCUUCUAACCUGAGCCAGGCCGACAUUGACAUCAAGAUAGCGCGACACAUCUCGGACGACUCGAAAAGGAGCAGGUUUGGAUCGUACGGUAUCGAUUCGGACGGGAAGAGGAGCAGGUUUGGUUCCUACGGCCUGAGAAACGACGAUGGAGAUGCUGGGUCGCUGUGGUCCGCAUUCUCAGGCAAAAAGGGGAAGGGCGAAGCUGACAAGGGAGGGCAUGAGAAGUACGCUUCGAAGCUGCGAUACACUGGUGACAGCUUUCUCGACGACUCGACUCUCCAUGCGAACGAGCAGGACGAGUCAAAGACGGAGGCCCUAGAGAGAUUCCUCAAGCUCGCAGACAAAGUCAAUUACACCAAGGGGGAAGGUUCCCCGGGCUGGCCUGGAGCAGAAGCGACGUGGACUGGCACGAGCUCGAGUUCCUCCCGGAUGACGAUGAGCUCG